AUGGAUACUACUGAGAGCUUGAAGAUUAAGAGAAGGACGGCUAAGGGCAAGCUGACAAGAAUGGAGAAAGCCCUUAACUUCCAGAUGGAGCAGCACCGUCCAUCAUCAGAGGUAAACGAGGCCUUUGAAUCAUACAAAGCAGCAUAUGAUCAAGUAAAUGAUGUGCACGAGAAGUACACAGCAACCAUUUUGGAUGACACCCAGUAUGAAGCAGAGGAGAAAUGGUUAGACAUAAUUCAGGAAUCCUUCUUGAAUAGGCAAAUGGAGGUGACUGACUAUAGCAAAGAUGAUGUAGAGUCAAAUAGUCCAUUGGAUGAAAUUCAGAUGAUGCAAGCUUCUAGUGUGUCUCCAUUGUCAUCCAUUGUCAAGUUAGAGAAAACUAAGUUACCAAGGUUUACUGGAGAUGUUCGUGAUUAUCAUAUUUUCAGGGAAGACUUCAUCCAUAUGACAGAAGGCAGAUAUACCAAGAGAGAUAUGAUUAGUUUACUCCGAUCCUGUCUUCAAGGAAAGGCCCAGGACAUGAUAAGAGGUAUCGGUGAAGAUUUUGACUCAGCUAUUGCAUAUCUCGACUCAAUAUAUGGGGAUCCUAGAUUUGUCGCAGACGCAGUAGUCUAUGAUUUAAACCAGUUCAAGGGUUUAAAAUGUGGAGAAGAUGCCAGGUUCUGCGAUCUUGUCCAUCUAGUUCGCAGAAGUUAUCAUUGUCUACAAGCAGUGAAUCGUCCACAAGACAUGGACAAUAGUCAAGUUCUUGCUCUCAUUGAACGGAAGAUGCAUGUCGAUGAUAGGAGAGUAUGGUUCCGGCACUUGGAGCAAGAUGGAAAGCCAGCAUGUUUAAGUUACCUCAUAGAGCGGAUGACAUCUGAGAUGAAGUCUCGAAUGAGAGCCACAGCCCCAGUGCGUGCUGAAGAGAAGAAAGCCGGAAAAGUGUUUCAAGUCAGCAGUGUCCAGAGUAAUUCUGCUAAGCCAGAUGUUAUGUUCUUCAAGUGUUGGCUUUGCAUGACAUCAGAUCAUUGGACUGACCAGUGCAAAAAGCUUCUUAGCAUGACCCAGUCUGACCGUUUGAAUGUGGCUAAGAAGAAUCAAGCCUGCUUCAGCUGUCUUAAGAAGGCGGGCAAGGAUCAUAGAAUGAAUACCUGCAAGAGAAGAAGGCAAUGCAGUGAAGUGACUGGAGGUCAGCAAUGCAGAUACUUCCAUCAUCCUCUCCUUCAUAAGUCAGAAGAACAGAGUAACACUGUGGGUGUAGCUAUCACCACCAAUACAGAUACACUGUUGCCAGUUGUUACUGCUGAGAUAGUUUCUUUAAGUAAACAGGAACGGAUUGAAGGAAAUGUACUACUCGACUCCGGAUCACAGUUAAGUAUCGUACGACAGGAAGUAGCUGACAGACUGAGACUGAAGGGAAAGAAAGUCUCUGUCACUAUCACCAAGAUUGGCUGUGAUGAGGAGCAAGUCCAGACAGAGAUAUAUCGAUUCCCAGUUCAAGCUAUUGGUAGUAACCAAAGGCAUUAUGUGACCGCAAUAGGACUGCCACACAUCAGCAAUGAUAUUUCUGAGGUACCAUUGAAGGAAGAAUGUAAGAAGAUGCACUUAAGUCCCCAAGAAGUGCAUAGGAAGAGUGGUGCAAUUGAUUUGCUAAUAGGAUUGGACCAUGUACAGAUGCAUGUAGGUCAAACCAGACAGGGAAUUAAAUGUAUCGCCCGCAAGUCUCCAAUUGGAUGGGUGGUGUUUGGACCUCUCAGCACCAGACAGCAGUUACCAAGUAGAGUACUCCAUAUGCAGGUAACCCAAGUGACUGAUCUGACAGAAUUUUGGAGUACAGAGAGUAUGGGUGUUGAGUCUUCAUCCUGCCAGUGUUACCCACCCAAACUGAGUAAAGUAGAAAAAGAUGAAUACGAUGUUAUCAAUGCUUCCUGCCAGAAAGUAGGACGUCAGUGGAUGAUCCCUUAUCCUUGGAAAAGGGAUCCGAGUCAUCUACCUGAUAAUAAGAUGCAGGCAGAGAGGAUGCUUGCUGGAACUGAGAAGAAACUGGUCAAAAAUCCCGAGUAUGCAGAGGCCUACAGCAAGCAAAUGAAAGAGAUGACAGAUAUGGGGUUUUCAAGAAAGUUGACUCAAGAAGAGAUGAAGAACUAUCAAGGCCCGGUGCACUACAUUAGUCAUCAUGCCGUAGUCAGGCCAGAGAAGAAGUCUACCCCCUUACGAAUUGUUUUCAAUUCUUCCUCAAGUUUCCAGGGUCAUUGUCUUAACGACUACUGGAUGAAGGGACCGGAUUUGCUGAAGGAUCUGUUUGGAGUUCUGUUAAGAUUCAGAGAGAGACCUGUAGCCAUAUUAGGUGACAUAUCCAAGAUGUACCACCGUGUCCUCAUUCCAGAAGCAGACCAACACGUGCAUAGAUAUCUCUGGAGAGACUUGAAUGUGAAAGAAGAGCCAGAUGUAUAUGUGAAGAAAGUGGUAACAUUCGGGGAUAAGCCUGCCCCCGCAAUGGCCCAAAUAGCUCUCAGACGCACUGCAGAGGAAGGAAGAGGUGCGUAUCCGGAAGCUCCUAGUGUAAUAGAAAGGGACACUUACAUGGAUGAUAUAUGCACAUCAGUGUCUACCGUUGAGGAAGGUCGUAAUCUCACACACGACCUGGAUGAAGUGUUGGAUACUGGCGGUUUCAAGGUCAAAGGCUGGAUAUCAAAUUUCCCACUGAAGGAGGAGACGGUUCCUGAAUACCAGACAGAGACAAGUUUGCUGGAGAAUUUGACGGAAGAAAAGGUGCUUGGAGUUGUGUGGACCCAGCAACAAGAUGAGUUCUCUUAUAAAGUCAAAGGAGAGAACUUAACUCAGCCCAGUGAGAAGCAGAGCUCUGUGAUGUGGACGAAGAGACGAAUCUUGAGUCGCAUUGCUAAGGUAUUCGACCCGAUUGGUUUUGCUGCUUCUUUCUUAGUGAAAGCUAAGAUAGGAAUGCAACGGUUGUGGGAGAUUGGGGUCGGAUGGGAUGACGAGUUACCAGAGGAGAUAAGUGCGGAAUGGGAUAAACUCUUCAAUGAGAUGAAGGCUCUGAAUGACGUGAGGUUCCCGAGAAGUCACAGUCUGUAG